AUGAAUACAUCUUAUCACUAUGAAAUUACUUAUUUUGCUGCAUAUGUAAUUGCUUAUCCAAGAGGAACAGGAAUUAUUAAUUUCACAACAGCAUCAAAUACAUCAUCUACAGAAGAUGGUGGUGGAAUUUACAAUUAUGGUAAUUUUAAUAUUACAAAAUGUAAUUUUUUAAACAAUGAAUAUCCAGCAGAUGUAAUAUUGAGUAGAUGUUUGAAGCGAAUUCGAUUGGUCGAAAUGAUGGAUUAA